AUGAUUCGCCUUCCACCCCUGCUCAAGCCUCGCCUUACCUGGCAAUACAUUGUGUGUGCAUCCAUCGGCGUAUACAUUUCCUACUGCGUUCUCUUCGACUCUCCUCUUUUCGCGUCCCGACUACCGCAAUAUACCGGACCCUACAAUGUCGGCGCAAUCGACAUCGAGGCGCCAUGCGAGGACCGAUGGAUCAGCAACUUCAGAUCCAGAAGCACUGGCGAGCCGGCAUUCCAGUUGUCAACUGUACUUUUCACGAUCUACUACCCCGCCACAAAUAAGCACUCUAGACCAAAACAUCGGCAUUAUUGGAUUCCCAAGCCAAUAUCUAUUACUGGCGAAGGCUACUUGCGCUUCGGCGGUGUGAACAACUUUAUCAGCAAUAGCAUCAUUACAGGCGCUUUAUGGGGAGUCGCUGGCGGCAUCACCAUUCCCGGAAAGGUCGACGUCCCCUUGGCCGAUGUCGAGCAGGCCAAGCUCCUCGCAAGUCAAUCGGACUACACAAUCCAGAUGCUCCCCCAGCACAAGGACCAGCUGCCCGUCCUCGUGUUCUCGCACGGCUUUGCCUCCUCGCGAACAGACUACACCAACUACCUGGGAGAGCUGGCGAGUCGAGGCUACGUUGUGGCUGCGAUCGAGCAUCGAGACGGGAGCGGGCCAGGAUCCCUUGUCAUCAAGGACGGGAAGCCGACGAAGGUCGCGUUCCCCAUCAAGUUCUCCCACAUGGCAGAAGCAUCAGAUCUGGACGCCGCGGACUUCAAGCAAGCACAGCUCGACUUUCGCCAGGCUGAGGUCGAGGAGACCAUCCGUGUCCUCAAAGCAAUCAACGACGGCCAGGGUGACAAUAUCUACCAGUCAAAUUCUCGCAACGAGGGCAAGGACUUACAACACUGGAAAGGUCGCCUGAAUGUGAAGGAGAUCACCAUCGGCGGCCAUUCGUUCGGCGCUACUUUGGCACUGCAGACUCUCAAGGGUGCUCCGUCUGAGGCACUUCCGCUUACAGGUGGCGUUGCUCUCGAUCCUGGCAAGAGCAGUGGACAGCUCAAUGCCGACAUUAAUGUUCCGCUCCUGGUCAUUCACUCAAACUCUUGGUCGAAGCAGGACUCCGUUUUCUUCGGCCGACCUCACUUCGAUGUGGUGAAGGAGCUUGUGGAGGGUGUUGACAACAGAGGGAAAGCAGCGUGGUUUUUGACUUCUCUGGGCACUUCUCACCCGAGUGUGACCGACGCGCCUUUGAUCGAGCCACUUCUGCUCGGACUCGCCACCGGAUCGACUAUCGAUGCCAAGGAGGGCGUACGCGAGUAUUUCAAGGCUACCGAAGAGUUUCUGAGAUAUCAACAUUUCAAGGUGCGGACUGGUCUGCUUGCACAACCGAUCUCGCAUCCGGAGUACAAAGACCCGGAGGGUGACAAGAGCGUGCUGGAUAUGCAGUAUCAGAAGUACUGGCAGGUGCAUGUGGCGCCCGACAUGGCACUGGACGCGACGUAA